UAUUAAAUUUCAUUUAUUUUGAAUCUACAUAUUAGAAAAUGUAUUCAACAUGUUGUCCAUUUGAUUGAGUGAAGAUUAGUAGGCAUUCUAAUUUCAAAAAUGCUUUCAAAUGCAACCUUGAUAAAAUAAAAAAAGGCAGAAAACACACUUUGGUUUAUAACACAAUAUGAUGAUGAAAUGUACGGUCAAAAUUUAAAGUAAGAUUUGCACAUAAAAACAUAAAUAAAAAUGAAUUUAGUGCGCUUAAUACUCGUGAGAGGUCAAAGAUUUGUGAAUUACGAAAACACAAACAAAUUCCGGCAGGCGUUUGCUAACAAUGUUGGCAAUGAAAUUCUAUUACCGCGAAGCUAUACAACAAUAACUACGGACCUGCCGAGCACAUUGGUUCCGAAACAAAAAAAAACAGAAAAUGAUUCCAUAACUGACACGGAGAAAAGUGCUGAAGAUCAACAUAAUUUUCCUUCAAUAAUUGCGCCGGUAUCAAAAAAGCGAACUUUUCGUAAAAAAGGCAAAAGUCAAAUUCAAACAUUUGAUAUAUCCGCCGAAGGAUUUUAUAAUGUUUCAUCAUUUUCUACAGCCGAAGAAUAUAACUUAGAAUCUUUAGUGAAUGGUCUAGCAACGCAGGAUCUUUAUGCUGCCAAAAAAUUCUUUUCGACUGAUCCGCUCGGAGUCGAGCAAGAUGUUCUUUACGCCACAGCCAAAUACCAAGUUGGAGCAGAAAAUCGAGACAUAUUUUUUUUCCGUGAAGGAUCAGUAGUUCUGUGGAACUUUAACGAAAUUGAAACAAACAAUAUUUUGUCCUUCUUGCGGCAAUAUGAAAAGGAUGCAUAUUUACGUCCUUUGGUUCGUGGCGAAGCUGAAGUUAUGCCCUAUACAUAUGUUCCUACCCCUUCAUCAAACGAAAAGCGUGAACUAGCAAAUAAAGAAGAACUUGGAAAUGCAAUUUUUCAAGACGGAAAAUUUUUCUUAACUGGCACAAAAGAUAACUUUUUGCAAAAAUACACAUUUUCUAAUGCAAUGGCUACCUCCACUAAAUUAGGCAUGUGGGAAACAAAACUUGGUCGUAUAAUUGAUUCAAUGGAGUUCUUAACAGAAGAUUUAAAAAAAGGUAGACGUAUAAGAAUUUCAAGAGAUGCUGUGUUGCGAAAAACUGGAGAACUGUUUGCUUUAAGACAUUUUAUAAAUUUAUCAUCUGAUUUACUUGAUACACCAGACUUCUACUGGGAUCGAGAAGAGCUAGAAAACUUAUACCUCCAAGUUUGCUCGUACUUUAGUAUAUCCCGUAGAACUAAAGUAAUGAACGAGAAAUUGAACCACUGUGUAGAACUGGCUGAAUUGAUUUCACACAAUCUGAACGACGCACAUCAUAUACGUUUGGAAUGGAUGAUAAUAAUUUUAAUUAUGGUGGAAGUAGGAUUUGAAAUUGUACAUUACAUGGAUCGUAUUUAUAGUAAAGAAGCUCUAAGUAUUGAACCAACAAAUACCUCUCCAGCGUACUUAGUUUCUUAAAGUAAUAUAUUAGAAGUAUAUUUGUUACAUUUUGAUUGUCCAAAACAUUUUUUAAUCAAGUGGGUUUCUGUAA